UUCAAUAAUUUAACUUCUGCAAAAAAUAUAUUUUUAAAGCAUGCCCUUCCCUAGUGUUACGAGCAUUUAUCAGGUGUUAACACGUAAGAAGCCAAUCGAAGAUUCUAGCGAAUCUAAAUUAGCCAAAGUACUUUCCGCUUUUGAUUUAACUGCCCUUGGCAUUGGUUCAACACUCGGCGUUGGUGUUUAUGUGUUGGCUGGAGAGGUUUCCAAGCAAUAUGCGGGCCCUGCUGUGGUCGUAAGUUUCCUGAUAGCUGCUAUAGCUUCUAUAUUUGCCGGUUUGUGUUAUGCUGAGUUUGGUGCACGUGUCCCUAAAGCUGGUUCCGCUUAUAUCUACAGUUAUGUGACAAUUGGCGAGUUCAUUGCAUUUAUCAUCGGCUGGAAUUUGAUACUUGAAUAUGCGAUAGGCUCCGCCAGUGUUGUAAAAGGCUUAAGCACAUAUUUGGACUCAUUGUGCGGCUAUGCCAUGCGUGACUUUUUGGGUGCACACUUGCCAAUCAAUGUUGAUGGACUUGGAGAUUAUCCUGAUAUAUUUGCAUUCGGCGUCACUUUACUAUUUUCAUGGGCCAUUGCCUUUGGUGCCAAGGAAUCAACACGUGUCAAUAAUGUAUUCACAAUGUUAAAUUUGGGUGUUGUACUCUUUGUCAUUGUGGCAGGUCUAUUUAAAGUUUCUACUACAAAUUGGUCACUACCAAAGGAAAAAGUUCCUGAAGGAUAUGGUGAAGGUGGUUUUAUGCCUUAUGGCGUCUCUGGUAUUAUUAAAGGUGCCGCCGUUUGUUUUUAUGGCUUCAUUGGUUUCGAUUGUAUUGCCACUGCCGGUGAAGAGGCUAAGAAUCCAAAAAAAUCCAUUCCAUUCGCUGUGAUAACUUCGCUAGCCAUGAUUUUUCUUGCCUACUUCGGUGUCUCUACAGUAUUAACCAUGAUGUUGCCAUACUAUGAACAAGAUGAAAGUGCACCACUGCCACAUGUGUUUCGCAUUUAUGGCUGGGUCGCUGCUGAGUAUAUUGUGUCCAUUGGUGCUAUGUUCGGUUUAUGUGCUAGUUUAAUGGGUGCCAUGUUUCCUUUACCUCGAAUUGUUUUUGCCAUGGCAAAUGAUGGUUUGUUAUUUAAGUUUAUGGGUGAAAUAAGUCCAAAGUAUAAGACACCCUUCAAUGGUACAUUGUUAACUGGUUUCUUGACUGGCGUCUUGGCUGCUAUUUUCAACUUGAGUCAGUUGGUGAAUAUGAUGUCUAUUGGUACUUUGUUGGCGUACUCUAUGGUAGCGAGCUGUGUAUUGAUAUUACGCUAUGAAUGUGAUGAGCGUCGUGAUUUGAAGCAACUAGGAAAUGGGCGCACCUUGAAUGACUACAACGAGACGAAUUGUGCACUCUGGCGACAACUCUUCAAUACAAGUAAUUCGAUGGUGCCCACUAAAGCUAGUUCUCGUAUUGUUACUGUGAUGACUACUUUGUAUUCUGUGUGGUGCGUGCUAUUUUCACAAGUCGUCACCAUUUACGAAGAAGAUUUUAUACAUAAACUUUUGAUUGCUGUCUCAGCUGUGCCUCUUGUACUAAUGCUUUACAUAAUAGCCAGGCAACCUGUCUCUGGCAGCCAGUUAUCUUUUAAGGUACCAUUCGUACCAUGGUUACCUGGCAUUUCUAUUCUUAUUAAUAUUUACUUGAUGGUCAAGCUAGAUCAGCUGACAUGGAUGCGUUUCGGUAUUUGGAUUGUGAUAGGCCUGGCAAUAUUCUUCAGCUACGGUAUACGCAAUAGUCGUUUGCGUCAACAGGACGCACGUAGUUCGGUAGUCACAUUGCAUGAAAGCAGUGAGCUGAGCUCGCUGAACGAUGACAAAUACUGCACUGAAACGCCUCUCAUGUGUGUGCAAAACUCAAGUUAAAUAAGCCCAGUCAAUUAAUAGGUUUCUUGGAAGAAAAUUCAGUUCCCAGGAACCUUACAGGCAGAUUUGAUAUAUAGUUCAGAAGAUUUUUUUGAUACUUUUAAUAGAUGAAGUGCUAACGUCUUAUGAUAUUAAAGGUCAAGGUUGAUAUGGAAACUAUAUUUUGUAGAAUUAUUGUUUCUAAUGCAUUAGUUAUAUUAAUUAUUAGACGUUUAAAUUUUAAAAAAAAAAUUUGCUUUCAAAACUAAUAAGAGUAAGAAUAAAACAGCUACUUACUGCUGUUCUUCUCUCCUAGUGGAGCAUAAGACCUCAGCUUUUGGUUAAGGACAGUUUAAUAUAUCCAAACCAGACUAGCACUAUAUCUAUGACCCUUUUUUAGUUUCAUUGCUGAAAUAUGUAAUUUCUUUCAUCUUCGAACUUUAGUAUCAUAAGAAACUGACGCAAUGUCUAUAACAUCCAGUAACAUAUAUCAUAGAAAGUCAUAACUAAAAUGUAUCAAAAAUAAACCUUGACUGAUUUUUUUUCCAAGACUUACAAUUGAUUGUACUUAAUUUACUGGGCUUCAUUUUUGAGGAUAUUUCCGGAAUUAGUUUCUACAAGAAAUCAUAGAUUGAUAAUUAGAUAUUUCAAGCAAGAUUAUAAUGCUUGCGCACUGCUCUCUUUAAAGUAUACAAAUGAUAUCGAAUGUAUUAUUUUAAUUUUAGUAAUAAUUUUAAUCAAUUCAACUCAUU